AGUAAGUCUUUGUAUAUGUCGUCCGUAUUUAUAAUAUAUGGCUUCACACCUUAUUCAGUUCAAGUUUCAGGGGUAUCGUUACAAACAUUAAAAAUGGCAUGUUUGCUGGCUGGUCGCUAUUUGGGUGUUUGUUGUGGCCGUCAGUCAGCGGGUUACUAUUUGUCUUCACGAUGCUGGCAGCAAACUUAUGCAGCCUGUGCCGCAACCAGGGAAUCAGUCAGUGGUCCUAAAUCUUCAGUAGUGCCAAUAUUUCGACAUGCACCACAAUACAGUGAUCGAAUUGCAUUGCGGGAUCGCCAUGGUGAUUACACAUAUCGUGGAAUAUUCCUCAGUAGCCGUCAGUUUGCUGGAGAACUGUCGAGUUACUUGGACGGUAAAAAGCAAGAGAGGGUGGCAUUCCUCUGCCCCAAUGAUGCAUCAUAUGUCAUUGUUCAAUGGGCAUGCUGGAUGAGUGGUCAGAUAGCUGUUCCAAUGAUGGCAGACCAUCCAUCUCCUGUCCAUGAACACUAUAUUAGCAAUAGUGAGGCCAGUUUGGUUGUGACAACUACAGAAUAUGCUGAUAGUCUUCAGAACUUAGCAGUUAAAUCUAGAGCCAGACUGUUGGUAUUUGAUGAAGCACUUCGUGUCCUAGCCAUGAAGUCUGCCCCUAAAUCUACACUGUUGCCUGCAAUACCAGUACCUUCACCAUGGGAAGAGGAUCAACCCUUGGAAGGCGGACUAGAUCCUCAGUUCUAUAAUGACAGUGAUGCAUUGAUCAUUUAUACCUCUGGGACAACUGGACCACCCAAGGGGGCAGUUAUUACUCAUGCUAAUAUACAUGCCCAGGUAUCUUCCCUUGUUGAGGCAUGGGGAUGGACAGAAAAGGACACUGUACUCCACACUCUACCGCUUCAUCAUAUACAUGGGAUUGUGAAUGUUCUCCUGUGCCCUCUUGCAGUUGGUGGCAGGUGUGUAAUGCUUCCAAAAUUUGAGGUUUCUCGAGUGUGGAGUCAUCUUCUAGCAAUCAACAUGCCGGCAAGUGAACGAGUGAACAUGUUCAUGGCAGUUCCCACUAUAUAUAUGAAAUUAGUGGAAGAGUAUGAUCGUAUUUUUACCAAGAAUGCCCGCAUGCAGGAAUACAUACAAACAGUAUGUUCGCAGAAAAUAAGACUGAUGGUCAGUGGCUCAUCUCCUCUGCCAUCACCACUGUUUGAACGCUGGGAGGCAAUCACUGGACACAGACUUCUGGAAAGGUAUGGAAUGACAGAGACUGGGAUGGUUCUGUCCAACUCCCUUAAAGGUGUUCGAAAACCAGGAUAUGUAGGAACUCCACUGCCGGGAAUGCAGGUACAGAUAGCGAAAACUCAUAAUGAAGACUACGAAUUUCUAGUAGAGGGGCCUGCUGCUGAAGGAAGAAACAUUCUCUCUUCAAAGUAUACAAGUGGUGAAUUGCACGUGAAGGGUCCAAAUGUUUUUAAAGGUUAUUGGAAAAAUUCUGAAGAAACACGGAAGGCAUUUACAGAAGAUGGAUGGUUUAAAACGGGUGAUACAGCUCGUUGUGAUAAUGGAACAUACAAGAUUCUUGGUCGGACAUCUGUAGAUAUCAUCAAGACUGGUGGCUAUAAGGUUAGCGCAGUGGAAAUAGAGACUCAUCUUCUAGGACAUCCAGACAUAGCUGACUGCUCUGUGGUUGGUGUACCAGACCUUACAUGGGGACAAAAGGUGGCAGCAGUGGUGGUUCCAAAAAGUGGCAAGGAAAUCAUUCUUUCUAAACUUCGAGAAUGGUCCAAAGAACGGAUGGCACCAUAUGCAAUUCCAACUGUACUUAAAGUAGUGGAAAAAUUACCCAAGAAUGCAAUGGGGAAAGUUAACAAGAAAGAACUUGUGAAAACAAUGUUUCCAGAGGCAGCACAGCAGGCAUGAACUAUUAUCGUCUCUUGGAGUACCUUACACCUUGAAGUUUUAAGAGGUAUUUUGAAAUGUGGAGCAUGGAAGGAAGCAAGACAAAGACUAUUUAGGGUAAAGUCAGAGUUCCAUAAAAUAUUUACAAAAUGUCCUUACUUAAAUUGCUGAUUAAUUCUUGUAUUAUAUACACUUUUGUAAUGUAUUGAUGAUCCUGUCAGUGCAACUGACUUGCUUGAAUAUAUACAAUUCUCUGUUUCAUACUUACUGCCAAAUGUUAGGAGCUGAGUGUAUUAUGUUAGUCAUAUUGAAAACAUUUUCCUUGUUCUGGAGAUGAAUUCUGCAGCUUUUAAACUUAUUAUUGUCCUAUACAGAACAUUCUUGUGUGUGGAGUAAAGGUUUAAAGCUCUAAUUGGCAUCGCUGAGCUCAAGCACAUAUCCAAGUUGAGUUUUGAAUUGUUACAUUGUUCUAUCGUAUGCUGACAGUUGUGUUAUUGCGUGUUAUAGCGCAUUAUGAUCAGCAACAAUAAGCAUUUAAUAACCAAAUAUUUUGGAUCAUUUUAAUUUUGAGUAACUGGCACAUUAAAUUGAAGUGAUGAUAUUCCACUGCUGAUAAAAAUUACACAUUGAAUCUAUAAUAAAGAUUGGUGCGCGUCACGAUAUUAAAUUUACCUAAAGUUGUAUAUCAUUGUUUCCUUAUAAUUUAUGCAUUUAAAAGUUAGGUUUUCCAUCUGGUGGCUUUUAUUUUGUUUCAGUGAUGUUCCUUAGUUAUGCUACAAGUGAGCAUUGUUUUCAUUUUUGUGUAAUAUUGAAAAGUUACCAUAUUUCUUAACAUGAAAGAAUGUGUUAUUUGGAAGACCUUAUUGUAAAUGUUUGUCAGUUAACUGUAUCAGUCAAACAAUCCACGAACAGAAGACUGAGGUGUUAUGUUACAUGCUCUGUAUUAAGAAUUUUUUUGACAAGUAGAAUCUAUGGUAGUACAAUAAACCAACUUUUCUGCAGGUUGUCUCAA